GCGACAGCGGGCGCAUGCGCCUUGUGCGGGAUCGCGUCCUCCCGGGAGCGGCUGUGGCGGUGGCGGCGGUCCCGGAAAGGGGCUGAGGAGCCGACUCGGCCGGGGCUGAGGCUCGGGCGGGAGCGGAUCGGGCCGGGGCCAUGGCCGAGGCGCCCCCACAGCCGAAGCCCCGGCCCGUCCGCCCGCAGGCGGCAUGAGGGAGGAAGCCGAGGGAGCCGGGGCCCAGCCCGGCGACUUCGUGCAACUGAAAGUGCCCAUCGUGCAGCAGCUGUACCACUGGGACUGCGGGCUGGCCUGCUCCAGGAUGGUGCUACGGUACUUGAACCUUUUGGAGGACGAGGCUGCAUUCGAGCAGGCCCUGCAGGAGCUCCAGCUCACGCGGAGCAUCUGGACCAUCGACCUGGCCUACCUGAUGCGGCACUUCGGGGCCCGCCACCGCUUCUGCACGCGGACGCUGGGCGUGGACAAGGGCUACCGGCACCAGUCCUUCUACCGGAGACACUUUGAUGCUGAGGAGAGCCGGGUCAACCAGCUGUUCGCGCGCGCUGCCGCCUGCAAAGUGCUGGUGGAGAAGUGCACAGUGACGGUGCAGGCCAUCCAGGAGCACCUGGCGCAGGGGCACGUGGCCAUCGUCCUGGUCAACGCGGUGCUGCUGCUGUGUGACCUGUGCUCCAGCCCCGUCAAGUACUGCUGCUUCUUGCCCAUUGGCCAGAAGUGCUUCUGCAGGGGCCCCGACUACCAGGGCCACUUCAUCGUGCUCUGCGGGUACAACAGGGCCUCGGAGAGCAUUUUCUACAACAACCCGGCCUACGCAGACCGCAUGUGCAGCACCAGCGUGAGCAACUUUGAGGAGGCCAGGACCAGUUAUGGCACCGACGAAGACAUCCUUUUUGUCUACACGGACAGCUGACCUCCUGGGCCGGGCCUGCGUCUACACGGACAGCUGUGCCGCCACCGCCGCCUCCCCUCCCCCCAGCCGCUCUGGGUACGAGGAGUUGGCGGAGCAGCUCACGCCCGGCCAGUCCUCCACUGAGGCCCCAGCACGCCCAUCGACCUGGCCACGGCGGCACGAGCCUUUCUGGUGGGGCUCCCCCCGGCCCGCCCACUGCCUGGUCGCUCCUUCCUCUGCCUUGUUUCCAUCAGGGAGGAGGCCCUCGGGACCUCCACUCCGCCGUGCCUGGGCUCGGGGCAGCCUCAGAGGCUCCCUGGCCCCCAAUACACCCCGGAGGUCCCCCUUCGCUCCCUCCGCCCACAGGCCAGGGCCCUUUUCCACGCAGAGACCUUUUCUACAUAAAUCUAUUUUGUUGGUAAUGAGCCACCCGAGGAGCACCGCUGAUCUCUAUUAAAAACGCAACGCAACGGCCA